UAACUCCGAAAUUCUUAGACCCCCAAAUUCUUGGCCACUUGCAAAUUAGAGACAGAGAAGGGGAGUCAAUGUCAUCUUCGCCAAUAUUCUCAAGGUCUUCAGCCACUUACAGAAGGCCCCACCAAGCUUCCACCUCGGUCAGCCCUCCCGGACCUCCCACACCGCCAGUCGAUGCGUCUCCCAACCCCAGACCCAUUGCCCAGCUCCUGGCUUUUGUGGUCGUCGUUUUCUUGGGCUUGCUGCAGUUCCUGCCUGCAACCCAUUUUCGCCAUCCCUCCGAUCCUCUCCGAAAAUGGGUCCCUUUUGACUCCGGUUCUCCCGUUUCUUCUUCUUUUAGCAGGUCUGUCGCUUCUGAGGAUGGUAAAAUACACAUUGUCUCUUGGAUGGAUUGUUUAGACCUUAGAGUGCUGGUGGUUCUUGCCAAUUCAACUCUAUCGAACUCCAGAUAUCCAGAUAAAGUUCAUUUCCAUUUCUUUAUACCUGAAGGGCAUGAUGACAAAGUAUCCUAUUUUAAACUGAAGGUGUUAUUUCCGCAUUCAGACCUUGAAAUUUUUGGGCAAGAGGAAGUUAAAGAGAAAGUUAGGACUGCUAAUUCUGGUAUAGUGUAUGCUGGCCGCUCUUUUGAGGAAAUAGUACCUUUUGUUAUACCGACCAUCCACAGGUCAUGGGGCAAGUUCAUAUAUAUCUCACCAAAUGUUAUUGUAAAGGGAAGGGUUGAAGAACUUCUUGAGGCUAACUUGACCAGUUAUGCUGUUGCAGUUAUUGAGGACUGUUCUAAAAGAUUGGAUAAUUAUGUUAAUUCAGAGGUCUUAGCUGCUAUUCAGAGGACAGCUUCAAAAUCUUGGAUAUCUGGGACACCUUAUGCAAUGAAGGCUUGUAUGCCCGACUCUAGUAUACUUUUAAUCGAUCCUAGGAAAUUGGAUAAAGAUCUUGUGGAAGCCAUCCUAUGGUGGAGCAAAGUUCUGAACUGGAGUGAAAGGAGCAGUCCUAAAAACCCAGCGAUUGCAUUAGCUCUCCAUGGCAGAUAUUCCAAGCUUUCUAGUUCUUGGUUACUUGGGCAUUCAAGGAGAGGAACUGGCAAGGAGAUAAUGAUCAUACCGUAUGAUGGACCAACAAACAUGUGCUCUGGAUUUGGCAAUGGACCCUCACAAUCAGUUCCAGGCAAUAUCUGGAAACAGUACCUUCCCCCCAUGGCAGAUAGAAUUUUGGGCAGCUAGAAUCUUCAUUGGCAUCCACACACCAGAAUUUGCUUGGACAUGAUGCAUCAUGGGCAUACUGUGCGGAUAAUCCAACUGAAAGAUGUUAAAGUCAAGGUCCAUUAGUAAAAAAUGGUUCUUGUUAUUCUUUAUUUGUGGGCUUUCUAGCCCGCAAUAACCUGUAUAAGAGGCUUGAGGCAGGACUGGAGAAGCAUGAGCUCUUAAGCACACUUUAGCUGAAUGUGAGAAAUAUGUUAAUAGAAAUGAUAUACUUGCUAGCACUCUCAAACUAGGCACAUGUAUUUUGUCAUUGGUUAAAGGGCUGUCAAGCACAGCCCAACUAGACUCGUGUAAGAUGUUUGGUCUUUUUUUGCAUGGAUCUUUGGUGCUGUCACA